GGUACAAUUUCACAUCUCUUCCCAAGGCACUAUGGACCCUCUGAAACAAACAUUAUUGGAGCUACAGCGCAGAGAGGAUAACAAGAUAUGCAUUGACUGUGGAGCACAUCAUCCCCAAUGGGCGAGCGUGACUUAUGGCAUUUUCUUCUGCUUGGAGUGUUCGGGCGUACAUAGGAGUUUGGGCGUUCAUGUGAGUUUCGUACGGUCAGUGACGAUGGAUAAGUGGAGUGAGGAUCAGGUCCGGAGGAUGCAGCUCGGUGGAAAUAAAAAGGCCUUGGCCUUUUUCAAGUCGCAUCCAGAUUAUUCUGAGGGAAUGACCAUUCAAGAUAAAUACCAGAGCGAAUUUGCGCGGCAGUAUAAAGAAAAGCUCGCUGCCGAGUGUGAAGGUCGAACAUGGACAGCGCCGCCGCGAUCGAGCACCAGUUCUCCUCGUCCGACUGGAACGCCGCGAACUAAUGGAUCGCCUGUUGUGCCGAGAAGCAUGGGGAGUGGGGGCUCGGCAGGGGGAUAUACGGGUACGCAGAGCGCCACUACGGGGGCGCUUCCCGAUAAAGCAAGGAAUGAAGAUUAUUUUUAUCGUAAAGGCCAGGAGAACUCUAACCGCUCAGCAGAUUUACCACCAAGCCAAGGUGGGCGGUAUGCUGGUUUCGGAAAUACCAACUAUACACCAGCCAAUAAUCCCGGGUCUGCUAAUCUCUUGGAGGACCCGCUUGCCGCAUUGUCAAAAGGAUGGAGCUUCCUGGCACCCACUGUGACUUCCGUGGUAGGGGUACUAGGGAAUACGGUGGUAGAGGGUGCGAAGCUGGCUGUAUCAGGGGCUGAAAUGGUUGGGCAAAAGGUGGCAGAAAACGUCAUUCAACCGACCGCUACGGCUGUACGGGAUCCCAAUUUCAAGGAUAAUAUAACGCGGUCUGUCUCAACAUUGGGCAAUAGGGUGGCCGAAGCUGGGCAGAAAGGGUUCAAUUUUGCAACGAACCUCGUCAACCAAGCAGGUGGCUACACCCCAGCACAGCAGGGCGGAUUUGGACCAGAGGGAACAACAUAUGGGACCGACGGGUACGAUACCGGCGCUUUGCGCAACAGCUGGGACGGUCAAGGAGGGGACGACCUCUGGAGCGAUUGGGAUAAACCCAGCUCGGAGUGGUCACCGGGCAACAACCCCACUCCUGUAUCAAGUACACCCGCUGUGACACUUGAUUCGGGUAUACAACGAGAUAGCGGCUCCGUCACAUCACGCGCCCGCACCCAAGUGGGCACCUCUGAUGAUGAGUGGCAAGAUUUUUAGUUAGAUUGAGCAAAAUCCAAAGAUUGAAGUAACAGCCAGGAGGGAGGCUGCAUAGGAGGCAUUGCCUAGGGUGGACAUAUGUUGACCGUACAUUGUUGGUAUAAACUAAUUAUUAGAAUUGUGCGUCCAUAAGCCUGGGCUCGGAAAGAUUUGUUUCCUUGAACUUUUAUGUCAGUGGGGUCACUAUUAAUAUAUAUGGUAGUGCAAUACAAGUCGUCUGUUUGGCAAACAUGCGGGGCGACAACAAGAA